AUGUCGUCCAAGUUUUUCCAACGCCUCCCGUCCACCCUUGACGGGUUUGACAAUGACAACAUGCCUGCGCGGUACCGUAGCGGUACUACGCGCGCGAAGAACAGGCUCCGCGAGCUCCCAAGUUCGACCAAACGCAUGUUGAGGCGGGUGUUCAAGGGCCCACCAGGCGACGACGAGGCGCCGCUCCUGUAA